AUGCUACUAUCUCCCAUUAUCGAAUCAUAUGCCCUCAUUCUCCAACAGCCGCGUACUGGCGACAAGGUUGCAUCCUAUGCUUCUGCAUUGUCGCGUGCCCCGACUGCUGGGGACUCCCCCACACCUCUAUCCUCCUCCUACCCAAAGAAGUUUGCCUUUUCAGCAUAUCGCAAUACCUCUCUUUCAACAGCCUUCCGGACCCUGAGCUUGAGUUCCAACAACUCGGAUUCUCGGUCUGUUUCAUUGUCUUCAGCACCGCAAGAGGAGCCUCUGUGCCCCAAAACACCCUCACAGAUACCAAAGCCCAAGCCUGCCCCAAAGACGCCAUGUCCGCCUGAACCAGACUUGCAAUUGCACAUCUUUAAGACCCCCCACACCAAGUAUACCGUUUACAAUGCUUCCCCGGGCAAGAUCACGUACUUGAAUCGCUAUUCUAACACUCCUGCUCCAGCAUGGGACACCAAAGGUCGCCUCGAAGACAUGGAGACUCUCUACUCGCAACUCAAGUCUCAGCUCGAUUCCGCCGCAACAGAGAAGACGGGCAUGGAAGAAGGCAUUUCUAUCUACAAAGCGCGCAUCACCGAAAUGGAGCAAGUCCGCCUACAGCUCUCUGCCGCGAAUCAAACACUCUCCACCGAACUCGCGGAGACAAAGGUCAAACUAUCCUCAACAAAUGCACAACUAGACGAUAUGAAGCGAUCACACUCAUUCGAGAUUGACGACUUACGACGAAAGAAUCGCAACGAUUUCGAAGACGCAAAAGAUGAUCAUCGCAAGGAGAUCGAACGCCUGCAGCGCGAAGCAAGAGACGAGCUGGACAGAGUCAGGAAAGACGCCCAAGAAGAAGCCGACAGAGCAAACAAGACGUGGAGGGAGGAGUUGGCAGACAAAGAACGCGAGCUACGAGCCGAACUCGAAGAAGAAAGAGCCAGAAGAUUACGAGAGGUUCAGGAGCUUACAACACAAUUCAGCCUGCAAAAGCUGACGGCUGACAACGAUGUCACUUCAAAAGAUCGCGAACUGCAGAGUCUGCGAUCGGAGCUGAACGAAGUCAAGGCCAAUCUGGAAUCAUCGAACGCACUGAAUGCUAGCCUCAAGGAAAAAUUGACUGAAGCCUCGACGAGCACCCUCACUCUGGAGACGUCAAUGCGUGCCAUGAAAGCAAAGAUUGACUUCCUCGAAUCAGACAACCAAGCACAAUCGCAAGCCUUCCAGGACCUCAAUCAACAAAUGCUGGAUGCUCAAGCCGUCGCUGCCGAGGCCAAAGAAAAGCUGCGACAGGAGGAAACUUUGAGAAGGAAACUACACAACCAAGUCCAAGAGCUCAAGGGCAAUAUUCGUGUAUUCUGCCGUGUCCGUCCAGCGCUAGGCGACGAGGAGACCAAAACAGCAGAGCUCGCUUUCCCGGAUGCCGACACAGACAGCAAAGAGGUUGUCGUACAGGGCCCCGAUCAGAAGAGUGCCAUGGGCACUGUUACCAAAGCCAACAACAACUUCUCUUUCGACCGAGUCUUUGGACCAUCUUCUCAGAAUGGCGAAAUCUUCGACGAGAUCAGUCAGCUUGUUCAAAGCGCACUCGAUGGAUAUAAUGUUUGCAUUUUCUGUUACGGCCAGACCGGAUCAGGAAAGACUCAUACGAUGUCAGCAUCUGACGGCAUGAUUCCGAGUGCUGUCACCCAAAUCUACGAAACCGCUAAAAGCCUGGAAGAUAAGGGUUGGACAUACUCAAUGGAAGGUAGCUUUGUUGAAGUGUACAACGAGACCGUGAAUGACCUCCUUGGUAAGGCCGAGGAUUGGAACAACAAGAAGCACGAGAUUCGCCAAGACCCAGUCAAACUCAAGACCACAAUUACAGAUGUGACGACAGUCAACUUAGACUCGCCUUCACGAGUGAACGCUAUCUUGGAUCAGGCAAAUCGCAACAGACGGGUUGCCGCCACCCAAGCCAACUCGCGUUCGUCGCGCAGUCACUCUGUGUUCAUCCUCAGACUGAUUGGAGAAAAUUCAAUGACAGGAGAACGCUCCGAGGGCACGCUUAACCUUGUCGAUUUGGCAGGUAGCGAGCGUCUUGCCCACAGUCAAGUCUCGGGCGAUCGUUUGAAGGAGACUCAGAAUAUCAACAAGAGUUUGAGUUGUUUGGGCGAUGUCAUCAGCGCUCUCGGGUCGGGCAAGGAUGCGAAGCAUAUCCCUUACCGUAAUAGCAAAUUGACCUAUCUCUUGCAAUAUUCGCUGGGCGGAAACAGCAAGACCUUGAUGUUUGUUAUGGUCAGUCCUCUGCAGGCCCAUCUGUCGGAGACCUUGACAAGUUUGAAGUUCGCAACCAAGGUGCAUAACACUCACAUUGGAACCGCAAAGAGGCAAGCGAAGGUCAAGGAUUGA